GGAAGUGGUCGUCGUCGCGGCGGCACCGGUGGGAACGGGGUGCGGGGCUCAGAGUGCGGCCGGCGGGCGGACGGUCGGCGGUGAUCUCGCACCUGCGGCGGCGGGGGACGUAGGCUUUGUCGGUUGAGUGCGCGUCCCCUCAGUCCACGAGCGGCUUCUCAGCCUUUCUCCUGCCCGUCGGAGCCCCGGGGCCGGGACCCGUUCAGCCGGCGUCACCAUGACCAAGGCCGGUAGCAAGGGCGGGAACCUCCGCGACAAGCUUGACGGCAACGAGCUGGACCUGAGCCUCAGCGACCUGAAUGAGGUCCCUGUCAAGGAGCUGGCUGCCCUCUCCAAGGCCACCAUACUGGAUCUGUCCUGCAAUAAACUGACUACUCUACCGGUAAGACUGGCAGGGAGCCUUCAUGCUUCUCCUUCUUAUUUGGCGGAGUUACAUCAUAAGGCAUAAUUUCAGGAUAGGCCUGCCAGCAGGCUACCACUAAAUUGGAGUGUGUUGGGGGUAGAAGCGGGGAGGUUCAUCUCAGUAGGAAGGGAAGCAUGGUAGAGGCCGCUUUCUUUAAGAACAGUGGGAAAGUCAGGCCACCAAAAACGAAAGUCACCAGAACAUUUGGCUGAGUCGCUUGUUGGGGUCAUGUUUUUUUUCCUGCCUUAUUUUAUUCCUUUGAGAAAUAGUUUACCUCCCUAUUGCAGUAGAAGAGGCAAGAGACGAUUCUGUAAGUUGCUCUGCAUUCCAGAGAGAAUGCUGUUUCUGAACAGCCUCUCCGUGCAUCUUUUGAUGGGGAAUGGGAAAAAGCAUAGUUCUGUGGGACUUGCCAUAUCAUCCUCCCGACACCUGAAUUACUUGAGAUAAUGUUUCCAGUCGAAUCCUUCUGAUUUUUCUUGUGCAACUUCUCCUGCUUCUUUUGCUCCACCUGUGAAAGCGUAGGAGUCAUUCAGCCCCCUCGACCUCUCCUGGGUAUGGGCUGGUUUCUCCUCCAUGGCGGUGGUCCUGCACCGUCAGGCCUAAGUUUGUUGUCAUUAUUGCCUUUUCCAUCCAUUACUCUGGCCGGUCCACUCUGCACCAUACCCCGUCAGGCUCUGGCUCAGGAAUUAAGUCCCAGAAGUUGGCAGUUGUUCAUUGGAUCAUUAGUCCAUUUCCAUCUUACCAUUCUCCUGGGCCUCACUUAUUGUCUGUAACAUCUUCCUGCAGCUCAUCAAGAACUGUUUCUAACAUUGGAAAAAAGCAUCUAAGAUCCCCCUUCUUCCAGGAAGUAUUUUGUGUCUAGUUAAAGAAGGGCAGCCGUUCCUUGCAACCUGCCGGACACUUUGUCACAUUGUCACUCGGCACCCCCAAGUGCACUUUGCAGUCUGAGUUUCUUCAUUUGUCUUGCUCUCCUCUGCAGUACAGAUCCACUGGCAUUUACAGGUCCCCAGAGAACACAGCUAGUGCCUCAUUAGCUGAGGGUGGAGCAUCCCUUCAGCUGGGGGCUGAGCAAAGGCUUAAUGACGAGAGGGAUGUUUUGAACUGUGCUGAAGAAGAGCCAGCAUAUGGGUAGGAUGGGCCCCAGCCCGCUGAGUCAGUCACUCAGAGAAUGCUCCUUGGGCACCUGUACUAAGUACUGUGCUGGGUGCUGCAAAGAACAACAAAGAAUAACACUAGGUACGCACGGGGCACAUGAUCUUUCUAGAAAAACGGAUGGUUGCACCAUGUUUGGACAGCUCCUAUGAAAGGUGGCCACAGGGUGUUCUGGAGGAUGGGUCGGAGGGAGGGCCGAGGGUAAAGGAACCCACACUUCGUGCCUCCUUCAGGCUAAGCCCUGUGCAUAUGCAUCUCACUGCCCACCCCAGGAACGGUGCUUGCUCUUUUCCUUCGAGGUGGAUUGGCGCCUGGGUGCCUCCGACCUGGGGGCCCCUGGACUGUUACGUCUGGGUGUGUGUGUGUGUGCUCAAGACCUCGUGUUCUCUCUUUGGGUCCCAGUCGGAGUUCUGUGGCCUCACACACCUGGUGAAGCUGGACCUGAGUAAGAACAAGCUGCGGCAGCUGCCGGCGGACUUUGGCCGCCUGGUCAACCUCCAGCACCUGGACCUCCUCAACAACAGGCUGGUCACCCUGCCUGUCAGCUUUGCUCAGCUCAAGAGCCUCAAGUGGCUGGAUCUGAAGGAUAACCCCCUGGAUCCCGUCCUGGCCAAGGUGGCAGGGGAUUGCCUGGAUGAGAAGCAGUGCAAGCAGUGCGCCAACAAGGUGCUGCAGCACAUGAAGGCUGUGCAGGCGGAUCAGGAGCGAGAGAGGCAGCGGCGGCUGGAAAUAGACAGAGAGGCUGAGAAGAAGUGGGAAGCCAAGCAGCGAGCUAAGGAGGCUCAGGAGCGGGAACUGCGGAAGCGGGAGAAGGCGGAAGAGAAGGAGCGCCGGAGAAAGGAGUAUGACGCCCUCAAAGCGGCCAAGCGAGAGCAGGAGAAGAAACCGAAGAAGGAAACAAAUCAGGCCCCGAAAUCAAAGUCCGGCUCUCGCCCCCGUAAGCCGCCACCCCGGAAACACACUCGGUCCUGGGCUGUGCUGAAGCUGCUGCUGCUGCUGCUGCUGUGUGUGGCUGGCGGGCUGGUUGCUUGUCGGGUGACAGAGCUGCAGCAGCAGCCCCUGUGCACCAGCGUGAACACCAUCUACGACAACGCAGUCCGGGGCCUGCGCAGCCACGACAUCGUCCAGUGGGUCCUGCAGACCGAUUCUCAGCAGUGAGCUUGUCCUCAACAACUGCUGCCUCCCAGCCUUGGAGCUUGGAUUCCUAUGGAAUUGGGUUCUGCUGGACACAACCUCUUUUUAGUGUCAGACCUACCUGCCAUCGUCAAAUGGCUGCCGUUUGGUACUUGAGACCUCCUCUUUGUAAGACUUCUUUGUUCCUUAGUCAGGGUUCCCUGGCGGAAUAAGGAGAGGCAGGAGGUGGGGACAGUUACCUGCAUGCUUACAAGAAUAGGCUUGGGUUGGGAGAGGAAAAACCAUAGCCUUUUCUAGUUGUUACACAAAGCUGCGUAAGGGCAAGACUCAUUUCUACUAAAGGUCAGCUGUCACUACAUUUAUACUUUUGUAUGUCACCAACCCUUUCUUUCAUUCCUCCCUGGGGAGCCAGGGCCGAUCAGGAGGCAGUGUGUUACUGGGGACGAGGGGAGCACCAUACUCAGCAAAUCUAACCUAAAUUGGGGGGGAGGGACAAACCUAUUUUUUAAAGGACCUCAGACAUUCAGAUAUUUUAAUGAUCAUACAAAAUCUCAGGCUGUGAAAGGAACUCGAAGACCAUCCAUUCCAAUAGAACCCUUGUCGGUGGGGAACCUGCACCUUCCAUGACUUGCCUACCAUCUCCCAGCUAGUUUGAGGCAGACCUGGAUUCCCACCCUGGUAUCUUUCUUUCCAUCAUUUCGCCUCCUUUAUAAUGUCCCGAGACCACACAGCUUAACAGCAGAAUUGAGUGUCUCUUGGCUGAAAUACAGAUAGUUUCAUGGACGCCAGAUUCACGACCCACAAAUAGGAAUCUCGCAGCCAUGAGGGUCUGGGGCAGCUCCUGCAAAGUCCUGCCACAAUUUAUGUGGCUUCUAUCAAGUGGGGAUGCUCCAGGCCCUUUGCCUCAAUUCAAGAGCAUUAACUCCCUGAUUGUCAGUAAACAAGACGACGGACCCUUGCAAAGCCCCAUUUUCCAUGACAGCUCUGUUACCUAAUUGGUGUGACCACAUACCUCAGAGGCAAACUGAAAACUCAAGCUUCAUAGAGACCGAGGUUUAGAAUUGUUUGAUUCUAGUCGUACCUACGCCUGUACAAUGAAGGCAAACAAGGAGCAUCAUGGAGUUGAGAGGUGGUGCAUUAAUGGCUGCUGUGGCACCAAUAGGGGCAGAACUGUCCAUUCUCGUGUCUGCCAGAUCCAGCGUUUUUCUUGCUCUCUGGCCUCCUUGCCUCUUUUCACAACAGCUGGACGAAGGGAUCAGCAGUGGCUGUCAUGGUGCUCAUUCACGGAAAACUCCCAAUUGCAAGCUCCUUGCCUCCGCCCAGGGAGAGCAAGACCCUGUCGUGUUCAGGGACAGAGUGGGCUCCAGCUUUUCAGCACUAGUGGCCCACGGAGAGGACGGACUGUCCUAAUGAUGGAAGGAUGGACUUGUUUUCUCCCUCAAGGGUAGCUCUGCUGUGUAGACCCACACCUUACUCAGAAUCACUACACAUUCCUUAGUCUUCCUCCAAGCUCCAGAGCCAUCGAUACAAAUGCUUUAUUGAAACUAAACGCAUAGUACACAUCAUGGGGAUUAAGACAGAAGUCAGCAUAGCGAUCGGGCCCCCGUUCCUUGGCUGGCGGAGGCAGCUUCGGCGGGUGCGAGGCAGGCCAGCGCACACCCAGCCUCGUCUAGCAACCUGCCCAGGGCAGUUCGCUCGUGACCUCGAGAUUUGAUGUUGAGGUUCUUUUGGAUUUCUGCAAUUAUUAAAUACGUGUCUGAGUGG